GUGUUGUAUACUGCUAUCGAUGAUAAGUUCUCGCUGUUUUAUCCUUGCAAUUUGCAUACCAGGGUGCAUUUUUGCUAAAGUUAAUGCAGAUGGAGUGCCAAACAGCAAUUCAGAUGCUGGUAAUUCGGUCUUUGAAGCAAAAAAUGGUGUGAGAAGGGCAACAGCGGAACUGGUAUCUUCAAGCAUUUUGAGUUUCGCACAUGAUGUUGGCUUGCUACUGAACGACGAUGUGCAAUUUGGUAAAACUUCAAUUUUCUCACCCGUGAGCAUAAUGUCGUCCAUGGCAAUGCUAUUGUUGGGAUCAAAAGGCAAGAAAUAUGAAGACUUAAGACAUAUUUUUGGCUUGGAUGUGCCACCACUGAGAGAUGCCUCUAACUCAUUCCAUGCCGAAUUUGGAGCUAUGAUGGAGGAAAUGCAAGAAAAUUCAGAUUCUCUGCUGACGCGCAACCACGAUAACUGGCGGAACACGAACGUAGCAUUCAAUAUUCGAAAUAAGCCGAAUAUCAGUGAGGAGCGUGGGAGUGCGGUAAAUAGCGUGAUAAAACUUGUAAAUGGGCUGUUUGUGAAAAAUGGUUACGAACUGAAUCCGCUCUAUAGGGACGUUAUUUACUCCAUUUACAAGUGUGACGUAAUCCCAUUGGAUUUGAACAAACCACUAGCGCGUGACUUCAUUAAUGAUUGGAUUUUCAAAAAAACGUUUGGCAAAAUUAUUGGAAUCGUAACAGAAAACAUCUCUGCAGAUACCAACGCAAUUAUUGCAAGUGCGUUGUAUUUUAAAGGCUUUUGGGUAAACCCCUUUAUUAGAGGCGCUACUGUCAUCGAUAAUUUCUAUCCAGACGGCUUGCAAAGAAAUCCAAUAAAAGUGCAAAUGAUGGCAACAGCAGGCGCUCACCCAUACUAUUUUUCGGUAGAACAUGACUGCGGUAUACUCGGUAUGCCAUAUAUAAACAACUUCACUACAAUGUAUAUAAUACAACCGAAAAAUUCUAGUCGUAAUAAGCUAAGUAAUUUGUUAAAAGCCUUAAAUGCGGACAAAAUUGAAGGAAUGAUAUCUAAAAUGGUUUACCAGAAUGUCAUAUUUGCACUCCCGAAAAUGCAUUUAACGCAAAAUAUUGAUAUGAAAAAUAUAUUCCGCGCACUCGGAGUUAACAAUAUAUUUGCUAAGGAACGAAUUAGUGAAGUGCCAAGAAGUGAUUUGGCUGAAAGAACUUGGCCACGUGUAAGACAUACUAUCACAUUUCCAACUGAUAAACCGGUAAAUGUUGCGCAUGCGCCGCUUACUUCGACGGAACAACUGCUGGAAGAAUGGAUUAGCAACCGAAAUGCAAGUACUAAUUUACUAUCUGACCUUUUUGUGGGUGAUAUAGUACACAAAGUUGAUUUUGUCGUCGAUGAGGAUGGCACUGAAGGGGCAGCGGCAACUGUCACGUAUUUAAAACGAUCUGGUGGUAGCGUGCUAUUCCGCGCAGACACCCCAUUUUUACUAUUAGUUCGCCAUGAUCCUACGAAAUUACCACUAUUUUAUGGUAUAAUUAAUGUUCCCUCGCCCUCUUUCUGAUAGAAUUGAAUUAUUGCUAAGUAAACUAAUUUUUUAUUGUAACUUAUCCUUACAAGUCUUCAUAUUCCUCUUGAUACAAAUUACUGUAACAUACGAGGAGUAUUUAAUGAGAUAAAUACCCCUGAGAUACUUUAAUAUAUAAGGCCCUGCCUAGCAUUUUUCAAAACACUUUUUAAUACAGACUAUAUUUUCAUUAUGUGAUAGUUGCUUUUACAUUCUCUUUGAUUUUUGAAACGAUGUUGAACCUUAUACAAACCCGGAUUUCUAUAUUAAAGUAGCCAUAUUUACAUGCACAUAUGCACAUGUGAAUAUAAGGAGUUUGUAAUCAAAAGGUGAUAUG